AUGUGUUGUGUUUUUCUUUUUCUUGUCAUCAGUCACCUGCAUAUGAGUAUCAUUCAUGGAAUUCCAGAGGUGACCAUGCAAAUUAUUGGUCUUGCCCUAGACUGGGAUUGGCUGAAUCAUACCAACAACCUGCUGCAGACUCCUCUCCACAUCGCAGUAAUCACACGGCAGCUGCCGGUCAUACGGAGACUUAUGUGCGCUGGUGCAUCUGUGGAUGUACGGGAUCAGUUAGGCAACACUCCACUCCAUAAUGCCUGUAGACUGGGAUAUGAAGAUGUUGUACGCACACUUAUCAGACCUGUUGAAUACAAAGAAACCCUACAAAACAAAUAUGAUAUCCCAUAUCAGAGACUUCCACAAGAUCUUGAAUCACGAAAUUAUGAAGGUUUGACAUGUCUUCAUUUAGCUGCCAUUGGAGGCCACAUCAAUGUCAUGGAACUACUUCUGGGGGUUGGAGCUAAUGUGAAUGCAAUUGAAGGAAAGAGUGGGAAAACUGUCCUGCAUUUUGCUGUAGAUUGGGGCAACAUGCCCAUGAUUAAAUUCCUGUUAUCACAGCCAAACAUUGACAUUAAUGCACUGACUUAUGCAGGUCUGCCUCCAAUUCUACUAGCGUACGGCAGAGGAAACGUGGAUGUCAUGGAUGAACUGUACAGCAGAGGCGCAAUCUGUGAAUCUUUAUCACUGAGUGAAGAAUCAGAUGAUGAAUUCUGUGAUGAACGAAUGGUAAGCUUCCUUUCUCCCUUUUCGUGUAUCUCAUUGUAG